AUGGGAAGUCAUCAUCGUCCACACAUACAAUGCCGAACUCACUCUCUUCCUCUGUCCUCCAGGGCAAUAUCUUCUCUCUACACCAAUGAUGGUGACAUGGAAGCUCUCGAGGCUGACCUGACACAUCGAUUUAGCCGACAGGAGUGGGACUUGGCUAAGAGCCUACAGAAAACCAUCCAAGCAGCGAGGUCUGAGAAUUACUCUCUGACCGACUUCUGGGCUUACAUGGUUAUCUCCAAGCAAACCAGAGAACUGCCGGAGUCCCAUUUGUCCAAUAUGAAGAAGCCCGUGGAAGAAGGGACACUACCCUACCCGAUAUUUGCAGCCAUUGACAACGACCUACAACCCUCCUGGCAGGAGGCAAAAGCACAGGAGACCUGGUUCGAGUUCACCCCUCACCAUGCUGGCUUCCCUGCACUGGGGGCCUAUGUUUCCAUAACCCACUUCGGAAGCAAAUUCAAGAAGGGAAGACUGGUCAGAACUCACCCUGAGAGAGACCUGUCUUUCCUGAGAGGUUUAUGGGGAAGUGCUCUUGGUAACGCUGAAGUCAAUAGGAAUUAUAUUUUUGACCUGUUAAGGAAUCUUCUGACCCCGAGAGAUGUAUGGAGAAGGACUGUUGCAAAUGCUAAAUACGUUGGACGCCGUAUUUUUGCCCCGUUACUGAGGCUGCAACAAAGUUUGCAAAGGGAACGUCCUGCCCUGAAAGAUGAAGGCGGUGAGCCUAAUUACAACUGGCUGACUGAGAUGCUCGAGAAUUGGACCAGGACCUUCCUGGAAAAGCAGGAGCAGCCCGAUGAGGACCCUGAAAGUAAAGGCUCAGUCAGUGACUUUUUGGAUUUUGUGAGAAAAACAGGCAUUUGCGCUUCAAAGUGGGAAUGGGGAACCACUCACAACUUCCUGUACAAACACGGUGGCAUCCGGGACAAGACAAUGAGUAGCCGGAGGCACCUCCACCUGGUGGAUGCUGGUUUAGCCAUCAACACUCCCUUCCCACUUGUGCUGCCCCCGACACGGGAGGUUCACCUCAUCCUCUCCUUCGACUUCAGUGCCGGAGAUCCUUUCCAGACCAUCCGGGCUACCACUGACUAUUGCCGCCGCCACAAGAUCCCCUUUCCCCAUGUAGAAGAGGCUAAGCUGGAUUUGUGGUCCAAGGCCCCCGCCAGCUGCUACAUCCUGAAAGGAGAAACCGGACCAGUGGUGAUGCAUUUUCCCCUGUUCAACAUGGAUGCCUGUGGAGAUGAUAUUGAGGCAUGGAGUGACACAUACGACACAUUCAAGCUCGCUGACACCUACACUCUAGAUGUGGUGAUGCCACUCUUGGCAUUAGCCAAGAUGAACGUCAGGGAAAACAAGAAGAAGAUCCUUAGAGAGAUGAGGAACGCGGCCAUGCUCUAUUACCCGAAGCAUUAUGCCCAAAGUUGCUCCUUGGUGUAGAUGAGCCUCAGCUUCCAGGGCAGUAUGGGCCUGUUGGUCUACCAGGGCCCUGAUGUCCACCUGGCCUUCCUGUUCUUCACUCCCUUCAGCCACACACUUCAUGAGUUCACCUUGGCUAUCCUAACAGGGCCAAUCACCAGUGACCAGCUGGAUUGUGAUUUUGAUAGCAUCAUUCAGAAGAAGGGGUCCAAGGAGCUGCAGGUGGUGAAAUGUGUCCUGCAGGUCCCUUGGGAGAUCCUGGAGCUGGAGCAUGAGUCUCUGACAAUCAGAAGUAUCAUGUCCAAUGUCCGGAUAGCCAAAAUGAACGCGGCAGAUCAGACCAAUGCCUUUCACUGCUCCUUUAUUACUGCACUUCCAGCCAGUAGCUCUGUAGAAGUUAGCUCUGUAGAAGUAAGAGCUGGGGUUUAAAUCAUGGGCUGUCUCUCCAGCCAAGUGGAGCUCUGAGAAUACAACAGGUGCUCAAUAAAUGGUUGCUGAUUAACUGAUGGA